UGGCCAAACUCUCUUAUUUACAGAAGAAAAGAAAAGCUCAGAGACAGAGGGACUUCUCCAGGGUCACACGAGACAACGGUCACAAGGCCGACCCGAGGGCCUCGCGGUCUGAGGAAUCUCGCGCAGUCUGAGAACAAGCGCGAGGCCUGCACUGAGCGGCAGCCAGCACUGGCGGAUCUGCAACCCGCGACCCAGCUCCCUCUGAGACGCCGAGGCCUGCCGCCUAGCGGUCACUUCUGGCCACGCGAGGACAGCGUGGUGAAAACGAUUAGGUCCUGCGGCGUCUGGAAGCCAAUACUCUCUCCGUUUGCUCAGCAAACUUCUUUUUGCUAUUGGCCCUCUCUAACUGUCGGUCAGUCACUUGCCUCGUUUCUAUUGGCUUCACUCCAAACAUUCCGCACCAUCUACGAAUCACGCGCCCCAUUUCCACGAGCCUUUUUCACGUCAUCAGAUUUCCCCCUCGAGCUGACGAAUUUAGUUAGUUCUCCCAUUCUAUUGGCUGGAUGUGGCUCUUCCUCCUGCACUUCCUGUUCGGAACGGAGGAGAUGCUGGAGUCAGACCUGCCAAGUGCCGUCACACUUUUGAAAAACCUUCAGGAGCAGGUGAUGGCUGUAACUGCACAAAUACAAGCUCUGAUAAAAAAAGUUCAAGCUAGAGCCUAUCCUACAGAGAAGGGUCUCAGCCUCUUGGAAGUAAAAGACCAGCUACUGCUCAUGUACCUUAUGGAUUUAACCCAUCUCAUCCUGGACAAAGCCUCAGGAGGGUCUCUUCAGGGACAUCCUGCAGUUUUGAGACUGGUGGAGAUUCGCACGGUUUUGGAAAAGCUUCGUCCCUUGGACCAAAAACUGAAGUAUCAAAUUGACAAACUAGUCAAGACUGCAGUGACAGGCAGCCUCAGUGAGAAUGACCCACUCCGUUUUAAGCCUCAUCCCAGCAAUAUGAUGAGCAAGUUGAGCUCUGAGGAUGAGGAGGAAGAUCAAACAGAAGAAGGCCAAUCUGAAGCUUCAGGGAAGAAAUCUGCAAAAGGAACAAUUAAGAAAUAUGUUCCGCCACGCUUGGUUCCAGUACAUUAUGAUGAAACAGAAGCUGAGCGGGAGAAAAAGCGCCUAGAACGGGCUAAAAAACGGGCAUUGAGCAGCUCUGUCAUUCGAGAACUGAAGGAGCAAUACUCAGAUGCUCCAGAGGAAAUCCGUGAUGCUCGGCAUCCUCAUGUUACUCGCCAGAGUCAGGAGGAUCAACAUAGGAUUAACUAUGAGGAGAGCAUGAUGGUGCGUUUAAGUGUUAGUAAACGCGAGAAAGGACGGCGAAAACGGGCAAAUGUCAUGAGCUCACAACUCCAUUCCCUCACACACUUCAGUGACAUCAGUGCUUUGACAGGAGGAACCCCUCAUCUUGAUGAGGAUCAGAAUCCUAUCAAGAAGCGGAAGAAGAUACUGAAGAAAGGUCAGAAGAAAAAAGGUUUUCGGAGGCGGCGGUGAUUAUGGGUGUGCAUAUUUAUAUGUAUGUUUGUUGUCAUCCUGGGAUACUUCUUUAAUUUCACUGUAUGUAGGUUUUAUUCUCUUGGAAUUCCUGGAUUGUUCUGGAUAUGUGGAAAGAUCUUUAUUAAUAAAAUUGAUUUUACUUAUGAA